AUGUCCACCGUCAGCAGUCGACGCAGUCGUGACACCGAGAACCAAAUACAACCGCACCAACAACCACUUCAGCAUCGUCAACAUCAUCAUCAGCAUCGUCAACAUCAUCGUCAACAUCAUCAUCAGCAUCGUCAACACCGACACCAUCAACCUCGUCAGCCACAUCAUCGUCGUCAUCAACGCCAACAGUCACAUCAUCGUCGUCAUCAACGCCAACAGCCACAUCAUCGUCGCCAUCAACGCCAACAGCCACAUCAUCGUCGUCAUCAACGCCAACAGCCGCAUAAUCAUCAAACUCAACAACAUCUACUUCAACAAUCACCAGCUCCAGUUGUUUCAACUACCAAACCACCAAUGCCAGAUCAACAUAUCUUGGCUGAAGCCAUUAAAUCGCUGGCCAACGUAUUAUGCUUUCAAAGCAAGCCAGAAUAA